AGAUGGGCUGGAGGCAGCCCCGCGCCUGCCUGCCUCUGCGCCUCCUCCUCCUCCUCCUCGCCUGCGCCCUGGGCAACAAAGCCAACAAGCACAAGCCAUGGAUUGAGGCAGAGUACCAGGGCAUCGUCAUGGAGAAUGACAACACCGUGCUGCUGAACCCGCCCCUCUUUGCUCUGGACAAGGAUGCUCCAUUGCGCUAUGCAGGGGAGAUCUGCGGUUUCCGGAUCCACGGGGCCGGGGUGCCCUUUGAAGCAGUGAUCUUGGACAAAGCCACCGGUGAAGGCUUGAUCCGGGCGAAAGAGCCGGUGGACUGCGAGGCCCACAAGGAGCACACGUUCACCAUCCAGGCCUAUGACUGUGGCGAAGGACCGGACGGGGCUAACACCAAAAAGUCCCACAAGGCCACGGUGCACGUGCGAGUGAACGACGUCAACGAAUUCGCUCCGGUUUUUGUGGAGAAGCUUUACCGCGUGGCGGUCACGGAAGGGAAGCUCUACGACCGCAUCCUACGCGUGGAAGCCAUCGACGGCGACUGCUCUCCUCAGUACAGCCAGAUCUGCUACUAUGAGAUCCUGACGCCCAACGUCCCCUUUCUGAUCGACAACGAUGGGAACAUUGAAAACACAGAGAAGCUGCAGUACAGCGGAGAGCGCCUCUAUAAGUUCACGGUGACGGCCUAUGAUUGUGGCAAGAAGCGGGCCUUUGACGAUGCGGAGGUGGAGAUUCAGGUGAAGCCCACCUGCAAGCCCAGUUGGCAAGGUUGGAAUAAGAGGAUAGAAUAUACUCCUGGGACUGGCAGCCUCGCGCUUUUCCCCAACAUCCAUCUGGAGACCUGCGACGAGCCUCUGUGGAACAUCCAGGCCACCGUGGAGCUGCAGACCAACCACGUGGCCAAGGGCUGCGAUCGUGAUAAUUACUCAGAGAAGUCCCUGCGCAAACUCUGCGGUGCUGCCACCGGUGAGGUAGACCUCCUGCCUGUCCCCAGCCCCACGGCCAACUGGACAGCCCGCCUCUCGGUCCACUACAGCCAGGACAGCAGCCUCAUCUACUGGUUCAACGGCAGCCAGGCCACCCAGGUGCCGAUGGGCAGCGGGACGGGGGCUCUCGAAAGGCUGAGCGACCAUUUCACCCUCUCCCUGUGGAUGAAACACGGCGUGACGCCCAGCAAAGGGAAGCGAGAGGAGGAGACAGUGAUCUGCAGCACCAUGCAGAGCGAGGAUGGAUACUCCCAUUAUUCCUUGGCUGUGCACGGCUGUCGCAUCGCUUUCCUCUACUGGCCACUCCUGGAGAGUGCGAGGCCUGUCAAGUUCCUCUGGAAACUGGAACAGGUCUGCGAUGAUGAAUGGCACCAUUACGCCCUGAACCUGGAGUUCCCCACUGUGACACUUUAUGUGGACGGUGUCUCCUAUGAUCCCGCUCUCAUCCAUGACAAUGGCCUCAUCCAUCCCCCGAGGCGGGAAUCUUCUCUCAUGAUCGGUGCCUGCUGGGCGGAGGAGAAGAGCAAAGACAAAAUGAAAGGGAACGAGAACUCGACAGAUCUGGGGCAAGGAGACCCUCUGCCGAUCCACCACUACUUCCACGGUUACCUGGCCGGCUUCACGGCACGCCCCGGCAGCCUGGAGAGCCGGGAGGUGAUCGAGUGCCUCUACGCCUGCCGCGAGGGGCUGGACUACAGUGACUUUGACAGCCUUGGCAAAGGGAUGAAGGUUCACGUUAACCCUUCCCAGUCUCUCCUCACCUUGGAAGGGGAUGACGUCGAGACCUUCAACCACGCCAUCCAGCACGUGGCCUACAUGAACUCACUGCGCUUUGCUACUCCAGGGGUUCGGCCCCUCAAGCUUACCACUGCCGUCAAGUGCUUCAGCGAGGAAUCCUGCGUCUCCAUUCCAGACGUUGAGGGCUAUGUGGUGGUGCUUCAGCCCGAUGCGCCUCAGAUCUUGCUGAGCGGCAAUUCCCACUUCGCCCGGCCCUCCUCUGACUUCGAAGGACCCGAGGGGGUCCCGCUGUUUCCUGACCUCCAGAUUUCGUGCUCCAUCUCACACCAGGUGGAGGCCAAGAAGGAUGAGAGCUGGCAUGGCACGGUGGCAGACACCCGGAUGUCCGACGAGAUUGUCCACAAUCUGGACGGUUGUGAGAUCUCGCUGGUUGGAGAAGACCUGGACCCAGAGCGGGAGUACCUGCUCUUGGACGGGGCCUCCCUGCGGCAGCGAGGACUGGAGCUCAUCAACACCUCGGCCUACCUCUCGAUCACAGGCGUGGAGAGCAUUGCCGUGUACGAAGAGAUCCUGCGGCAGGUGGCGUACUGCACCCGCCACGGUGCCGCCCUUUACGAGAGGAAAUUCCGCCUUUCGUGCACCGAGAUGAACGGCCGUUACUCCAGCAACGAGUUCACCAUUGAGGUGAACGUCCUCCACAACAUGAACCGAGCCGCUCACCCCAACCACAUCAUGAGUUCUCAGCAGUUCAUGCACCGCGGCCACCACCUGCCCCCAGAACUCUCCGGCCACAGUCUGGCGAACGUCCACCGCAACUCCAUGGUCCCCAGCGCCGCCACCAUCAUCAUCGUGGUGUGCGUGGGCUUCCUGGCCCUGAUGGUCGUCUUGGGGGUCUUGCGCAUCCACUCCUUGCACCGGCGAGGGGACGGGCAGGAGUGCGCGGUGGAGGCCGCGGGGAGCCAAGGAGGGGCCCAGGCCAACGAAAGGGAGAUGUUCUGGGACGACUCGGCUCUCACCAUCAUCGUCAACCCCAUGGAGUCCUACCAGAGCUGCCAGGAGCAGGCAGCAGAGGCCGCCGAGUCUAAAGGCAGGGAGGCCGUGGAAGAGGAGGACAGCAGCGACUCCGAAUCCCCCGACUCUCCAGGCAGCGACGCUACCGAGGACCAGCGUAUCGUGAGCAAGCGUGAUGUCUCCUGCCGCUACUAG